AUGACCAAAAAAAUGACAAGUGAAUAGUUUCAUUUUUUAUGUUUUUCCCUCUCUGAUCUUUUGAAUUAAACCCCAUAAAUUAUCAUUCCAAACGUGGAGCUACCCUUUGUUUAUUUAUUUCGUAGCUCAAACUUCUGCCAAUAACAUCCUUCGCAUCGCCUCACUCCAUCCAUUCAGACCAAGUGACGAACCAAUCCUCGAAACUUUGAUCAACAGAUAGCAAACCUCUCGGUGUCCCUUGCACUUGCCUGUGGCCAGCCACCCGACGCCGUCGGACCAAAACCCCUUAAACCCCGUUCAAGAAAAUAGAUGUUUGUCCUUCAACCCUGCGCGCCGGUUUUCCAUACACUGCCAACUUCAAUUUCAGGCCAAUCGAAUAAAUACACACUGUUCUUGGAUGCCGGAACCCCACGUCGCGCCCGCUGUUCUUCCAGGCUAUACUCACAUGUCACGCGAGUAAGGAGUAAGAAUAAGCAGCCCCAGAUGGAAAUGAAUGGUUUUGAUGCUACUGGUGGUGGUGAAAUGGAGGAUGAGGAUGAUGUUUCGUGGCGUGGAGGCGGCUUCGGGGGUCGAGAAGGUGAAGAAAAGGAUUAUGAUAGAGAUCCUGAGUUUGCCGAGAUUCUGGGGUCUUGCCUCGAUGACCCGGAUAAAGCUAGGGCUAAAAUGGAGGAGAGACUGAGAAAGAAGAGGAACAAGAUAUUACAUACGAAAACUGGUUCGCCGGACCCAAUGCAAGUGAAGUUUAACAAAUUUGAUUUCACCAAUUCAUAUAUAUGGUUGGAGUUCUACAAUGCCCCGUUGGAGAAAGAUGUUUCUUUGAUUUGUGAUACAAUUCGGUCAUGGCAUAUUGUUGGACGACUUGGUGGAUGCAAUUCUAUGAAUAUGCAAUUAUCACAAUCUCUUUUGGACAAAAGGCCAACUUAUGACGCUAUUCAAGGAGCAAAUGUUACUCCAACCACAUUUUACAACAUCGGGGACCUUGAGCUUCAAGAUAAUUUAGCUCGGAUAUGGGUGGAUAUUGGCACUAGUGAGCCUUUACUCUUGGACAUUCUGAUAAAUGCAUUGACACAAAUAAGCUCCGAUUAUGUCGGAAUUAAGCAAGUGAUGUUUGGUGGCUCGGAAUUUGGGAAUUGGAGGGAAAACUUGAAAUCGGAGGACGCAGGAUACAGCAUUCACAAGAUUUAGGAAUUUUGCAGCCCAUAUUUGCUUCUUUUCAUUGUUGUUACACAAUGUAAUAUAGGCAUAGCGUGUUUAAUUUCUGAUAAGUGCAAUAUUUUAGUCGGAGAAGAUUAAGGUUGAAUAUAGUUACAACUCUCAUUAAGAUGGAACAAGCAGAUACAGAACAGUAACUUCAUACGCUCAUCAUUCUCUAGCCUCAAAAUGUUAGUUCAACUGCUAUAUCUUGAAAUUUCAAUUAGAUUAAAUCCACUGAA